AUGAAUGUCUUAAUACAUUGGAGGUCUGUGGUCCAAACUCUCGUUGCACAAACUCAUUUGGGGGUUACAACUGUUCCUGCUUGAGUGGAUUUACUGUAACAAAGAGCAGUGAACCAGUCAGCACCAGUAACCCAUGCAAUGUGACUCUACCUUUGACUGAGUAUCUGAUUGAAAUUCAGAUCAAUAGCAUGGACAGUAGCAUCACUGCUCAGCUGAGGACCUUCUGAUGUUUUUCAGUUUGCCCUACACAAUCAGUGACAGCACUAACAUUACAGAAAUCAACAUAACUACUGUGUGUUCUUUGAAUGAAACUCAGUAUCAGUGUAAAUGUGAGGGUCUGUUUGUUUGGCCGAAUGACACGUGUCACUCAUACGAUGCCUGUGAUGUCAUCACUGAUGGUUCAUGUACAUGUAUCAAUGCCCUUCCAAUCGACGGACAGUUCUGCCAAGUGCUACCUUCUAAAUACAUGAUUGACAUUGAUGUGAGAUUCUUUGACUUGUUCCUGGUGGACUACUUACGGAAUAUCGUCAGAAAUGUCAGCCUGCCUUUGACUCUGAGACACAGCAUUAAUAUCACAGAUAUCGACAUGACUACUGUGUGUGGGUUAAAUGGAACAGAAUAUGAGUGCAAGUGUGAGCAGAACCAUGUUUGGCCCAAUGACACCUGCAGGGCCUAUCAGGUGUGUGAUGGCAUUGUGGGAGGCACUUGUGGAUGUAUUCAAGCUCUUCCUUCAGAGGGUCCACUCUGCCAGAGAGACAUUAACGAAUGUGAAGACGCAGUGUCAGUGUGUGGUCAAUACUCAGAUUGUAUUAACAUCAUUGGGAGUCACAUGUGUUCAUGCUGGAGUGGAUUUAAUACCUUCAAUAAAGACAGUCCUGUGAGCCGCAACAACUCAUGUCAGGAUAUAAAUGAAUGUCUGUUCAGUCCAUCUGUAUGUGGUCCAAAUUCCAUCUGCACAAAUCAGUUGGGAAGUUACAAUUGCUCAUGUCUGGAUGGAUUCACUGCAACAGUUUCAAGUUUCCCCAUCAGCAUCAAUAACACAUGCACAGAUGUGCAUGAAUGUCUUGAUACAUUGGAGGUCUGUGGUCCAAACUCUCGUUGCACAAACUCAGUUGGGGGUUACAACUGUUCCUGCUUGAGUGGAUUUACUGUAACAAAGAGCAGUGAACCAGUCAGCACCAGUAAUCCAUGCAAUGUGACUCUACCUUUGACUGAGUAUCUGAUUGAAAUUCAGAUCAAUAGCAUGGACAGUAGCAUCACUGCUCAGCUGAGGAACCUUCUGAUGUUUUUCAGUUUGCCCUACACAAUCAGUGACAGCACUAACAUUACAGAAAUCAACAUAACUACUGUGUGUUCUUUGAAUGAAACUCAGUAUCAGUGUAAAUGUGAGGGUCUGUUUGUUUGGCCGAAUGACACGUGUCACUCAUACGAUGCCUGUGAUGUCAUCACUGAUGGCUCAUGUACAUGUAUCAAUGCCCUUCCAAUCGACGGACAGUUCUGCCAAGUACUACCUUCUAAAUACAUGAUUGACAUUGAUGUGAGAUUCUUUGACUUGUUCCUGGUGGACUACUUACGGAAUAUUGUCAGAAAUAUCAGCCUGCCAUUGACUCUGAGACACAGCAUUAAUAUCACAGAUAUCGACAUGAAUACUGUGUGUGGGUUAAAUGGAACAGAAUAUGAGUGCAAGUGUGAGCAGAAUCAUGUUUGGCCCAAUGACACCUGCAGGGCCUAUCAGGUGUGUGAUGGCAUUGUGGGAGGCACUUGUGGAUGUAUUCAAGCUCUUCCUUCAGAAGGGCCACUUUGCCAGAGAGACAUCAAUGAAUGUGAAGACGCAGUGUCAGUGUGUGGUCAAUACUCAGACUGUAUUAACAUCAUUGGGAGUCACGUGUGUUCAUGCUGGAGUGGAUUUAAUACCUUCAAUAAAGACAGUCCUGUGAGCCGCAACAACUCAUGUCAGGAUAUAAAUGAAUGUCUGGUCAGUCCAUCUGUAUGUGGUCCAAAUUCCAUCUGCACAAAUCAGUUGGGAAGUUACAAUUGCUCAUGUCUGGAUGGAUUCACUGCAACAGUUUCAAGUUUCCCCAUCAGCAUCAAUAACACAUGUACAGAUGUGCAUGAAUGUCUUAAUACAUUGGAGGUCUGUGGUCCAAACUCUCGUUGCACAAACUCAGUUGGGGGUUACAACUGUUCCUGCUUGAGUGGAUUUACUGUAACAAAGAGCAGUGAACCAGUCAGCACCAGUAACCCAUGCAAUGUGACUCUACCUUUGACUGAGUAUCUGAUUGAAAUUCAGAUCAAUAGCAUGGACAGUAGCAUCACUGCUCAGCUUAGGAACCUUCUGAUGUUUUUCAGUUUGCCCUACACAAUCAGUGACAGCACUAACAUUACAGAAAUCAACAUAACUACUGUGUGUUCUUUGAACGAAACUCAGUAUCAGUGUAAAUGUGAGGGUCUGUUUGUUUGGCCGAAUGACACGUGUCACUCAUACGAUGCCUGUGAUGUCAUCACUGAUGGUUCAUGUACAUGUAUCAAUGCCCUUCCAAUCGACGGACAGUUCUGCCAAGUACUACCUUCUAAAUACAUGAUUGACAUUGAUGUGAGAUUCUUUGACUUGUUCCUGGUGGACUACUUACGGAAUAUCAUCAGAAAUGUCAGUCUGCCUUUGACUCUGAGAAACAGCAUUAAUAUCACAGAUAUCGACAUGACUACUGUGUGUGGGGUAAAUGGAACAGAAUAUGAGUGCAAGUGUGAGCAGAAUCAUGUUUGGCCCAAUGACACCUGCAGGGCCUAUCAGGUGUGUGAUGGCAUUGUAGGAGGCACUUGUGGAUGUAUUCAAGCUCUUCCUUCAGAGGGUCCACUCUGCCAGAGAGACAUCAACGAAUGUGAAGACGCAGUGUCAGUGUGUGGUCAAUACUCAGACUGUAUUAACAUCAUUGGGAGUCACGUGUGUUCAUGCUGGAGUGGAUUUAAUACCUUCAAUAAAGACAGUCCUGUGAGCCGCAACAACUCAUGUCAGGAUAUAAAUGAAUGUCUAUUCAGUCCAUCUGUAUGUGGUCCAAAUUCCAUCUGCACAAAUCAGCUGGGAAGUUACAAUUGCUCAUGUCUGGGUGGAUACACUGCAACAAAUUCACGUCUCCCCAUCAGCAUCAAUAACACAUGUAGAGAUGUAGAUGAAUGUCUUGAGACUCCAGAGGUCUGUGGUCCAAACUCUCGUUGUAAAAACUCAACUGGGGGUUACAACUGUUCCUGCUUGAGUGGAUUUACUGUAACAAAUAGCAGUGAACCAGUCAGCACCAGUAAUCCAUGCAAUGUGACUCUACCUUUGACUGAGUAUCUGAUUGAAAUUCAGAUCAAUAGCAUGGACAGUAGCAUCACUGCUCAGCUGAGGAACCUUCUGAUGUUUUUCAGUUUGCCCUACACAAUCAGUGACAGCACUAACAUUACAGAAAUCAACAUAACUACUGUGUGUUCUUUGAAUGAAACUCAGUAUCAGUGUAAAUGUGAGGGUCUGUUUGUUUGGCCGAAUGACACGUGUCACUCAUACGAUGCCUGUGAUGUCAUCACUGAUGGCUCAUGUACAUGUAUCAAUGCCCUUCCAAUCGAUGGACAGUUCUGCCAAGUACUACCUUCUAACUACGUGAUUGACAUUGAUGUGAGAUUCUUUGACUUGUUCCUGGUGGACUACUUACGGAAUAUCUUCAGAAAUAUCAGCCUGCCAUUGACUCUGAGACACAGCAUUAAUAUCACAGAUAUCGACAUGACUACUGUGUGUGGGUUAAAUGGAACAGAAUAUGAGUGCAAGUGUGAGCAGAAUCAUGUUUGGCCCAAUGACACCUGCAGGGCCUAUCAGGUGUGUGAUGGCAUUGUGGGAGGCACUUGUGGAUGUAUUCAAGCUCUUCCUUCAGAGGGUCCACUCUGCCAGAGAGACAUCAACGAAUGUGAAGACGCAGUGUCAGUGUGUGGUCAAUACUCAGACUGUAUUAACAUCAUUGGGAGUCACGUGUGUUCAUGCUGGAGUGGAUUUAAUACCUUCAAUAAAGACAUUCCUGUGAGCUGCAACAACUCAUGUCAGGAUAUAAAUGAAUGUCUGUUCAGUCCAUCUGUAUGUGGUCCAAAUGCCAACUGCUCAAAUGAAAUGGGAAGUUACAGUUGCUCAUGUUUGGAUGGAUUCACUGAAACUGUUUUAAAUCUCACUAUCAGCAUCAAUAACACAUGUAGAGAUAUGGAUGAAUGUGUUGAGAUACCAGACGUCUGUGGUCCAAACUCAGUCUGCAACAACACUGUUGGGAGUCACAAUUGCUCGUGCAUGAGUGGAUAUAAUGUAACAGAUCCAAACCUCCCCAUAAACACUAAUAACACAUGUGAAGAUAUAGAUGAAUGUCAGUUCAGUCCAUCUGUAUGUGGUCCAAAUGCCAACUGCACAAAUGAAAAGGGAAGUUACAAUUGCUCAUGUCUGGAUGGAUUUACUGCAACAAACUCAAGUCUCCCCAUCAGCAUCAAUAACACAUGUGCAGAUAUAAAUGAAUGUCUGUUCAGUCAAUCUGUAUGUGGUCGAGAUUCCAACUGCACAAAUGAAAAGGGAAUUUAUAAUUGCUCAUGUCUGGAUGGAUUCACUGCAACGAACUCAAGUCUGCCCAUCAGCAUCAAUAACACAUGUAGAGACGUGGAUGAAUGUGUUGAGUUAUCAGAUGUCUGUGGUCCAAACUCAAUCUGCAACAACACUGUUGGGAGUCACAAUUGCUCGUGCAUGAGUGGAUAUAAUGUAACAGAUCUAAACCUCACUAUAAACAGCAACAACACAUGUGAAGAUAUAAACGAGUGUCUGUUCAGUUCAUCUGUAUGUGGUCCAGAUUCCAACUGCACAAAUGAAAACGGAAGUUACAAUUGCUCAUGUCUGGAUGGAUUCACUGCAACAAACUCAAGUCUCCCCAUCAGCAUCAAUAACACAUGUAGAGAUGUGAAUGAAUGUGUUGAGAUAUUAGACAUCUGUGGUCCAAACUCAAUCUGCAACAACACUGUUGGGAGUCAUAAUUGCUCGUGCAUGAGUGGAUAUAAUGUAACAGACCCAAACCUCCCCAUAAACACCAAUAACACAUGUGAAGAUGUGGAUGAAUGUGUUGAGAUAUCAGAUGUCUGUGGUCCAAACUCAAUCUGCAACAACACUGUUGGGAGUCACAAUUGUUCGUGCAAGAGUGGAUAUAAUGUAACAGACCCAAACCUCCCUAUUAACAGCAAUAACACAUGCACAGAUAUAAAUGAAUGUCUGUUCAGUUCAUCAGUAUGUGGUCCAGAAUCCAAUUGCACAAAUGAAAUUGGAAGUUACAGUUGCUCAUGUCUGGAUGGAUUCACUAAGACAAAUUUAAGUCUCCCCAUCAGCAUCAUUAACACAUGUAGAGACGUGGAUGAAUGUGUUGAGAUAUCAGACAUCUGUGGUCCAAACUCAAUCUGCAACAACACUGUUGGGAGUCACAAUUGCUCGUGCAUGAGUGGAUAUAAUGUAACAGACCCAAACCUCCCUAUAAACAGCAAUAACACAUGUGAAGAUGUGGAUGAAUGUGUUGAGAUAUCAGAUGUCUGUGGUCCAAACUCAAUCUGCAACAACACUGUUGGGAGUCACAAUUGCUCGUGCAUGAGUGGAUAUAAUGUAACAGACCCAAACCUCCCAAUAAACAGCAGUAACACUUGUGAAGAUAUAGAUGAAUGUCUUCUCAGUCCGUCUGUAUGUGGUCCAAAUGCCAACUGCUCAAAUGAAAAGGGAAGUUACAAUUGCUCAUGCUUGGAUGGAUUCACUGCAACAAACUCAAGUCUGUCCAUCAGUAUCAAUAACACAUGUAGAGAUGUGGACGAAUGUGUUGAGAUACCAGACGUCUGUGGUCCAAACUCAAUCUGCAACAACACUGUUGGGAGUCACAAUUGCUCGUGCAUGAGUGGAUAUAAUGUAACAGACCCAAACCUCCCAAUAAACAACAACAACACAUGCAAAGAUAUUUAUGAAUGUCUUGACUCAGUAUCAGUGUGUGGACUGAACUCUUACUGUUACAAUUACAAUGGAAGCUUCUCAUGCUUUUGUUGGGAAGGAUAUAACGUCUCAAAUGUAAAUAAAGAUGUUUCCAAAAGUAAUCCAUGCACUGAUAUAAAUGAAUGUCUGGUCAGUUCAUCUGUAUGUGGUCCAAAUGCCAACUGCACGAAUGAAAUAGGAAGUUACAAUUGCUCAUGUCUGGAUGGAUUCACUGCAACAAACUCAAGUCUCAUCAUCAGCAUCAAUAACUCUUGUAGAGACGUGGAUGAAUGUGUUGAGUUAUCAGAUGUCUGUGGUCCAAACUCAAUCUGCAACAACACUGUUGGGAGUCACAAUUGCUCGUGCAUGAAUGGAUAUAAUGUAACAGACCCAAACCUCCCUAUAAACAGCAAUAACCCAUGCAAAGAUAUUCAUGAAUGUCUUGACUCAGAAUCAGUAUGUGGGCCAAACUCUCUCUGUUACAAUUACAACGGAAGCUUCUCAUGCUUUUGUUGGGAUGGAUAUAAUGUCAGUGAUGGAAAUACAGCUAUUAGUAAAGGCAACCCAUGCACUGAUAUAAAUGAAUGUCUGUUCAGUCCAUCUGUAUGUGGUCCAAAUGCCAACUGCACAAAUGAAAAAGGAAGUUACAAUUGCUCAUGUCUGGAUGGAUUCACUGCAACAAACUCAAGUCUCAUCAUCAGCAUCAAUAACACAUGCACAGAUGUGGAUGAAUGUUUUGAGAUACCAGACGUCUGUGGUCCAAACUCAGUCUGCAACAACACUGUUGGGAGUCACAAUUGCUCGUGCAAGAGUGGAUAUAAUGUAACAGACCCAAACCUCCCUAUAAACAGCAAUAACACAUGCAAAGAUAUAAAUGAAUGUCUGUUCAGUCCAUCUGUAUGUGGUCCAAAUGCCAACUGCACAAAUGAAAAGGGAAGUUACAAUUGCUCAUGUCUGGAUGGAUUCACUGCAACAAAUUCAAGUCUCCCCAUCAGCAUCAGUAACACAUGUAGAGAUGUGGAUGAAUGUGUUAAGAUAUCAAACAUCUGUGGUCCAAACUCAAUCUGCAACAACACUGUUGGGAGUCACAAUUGCUUGUGCAAGAGUGGAUAUAAUGUAACAGACCCAAACCUCCCUAUAAACAACAAUAACACAUGCAAAGAUGUGGAUGAAUGUGUUGAGAUAUCAGACGUCUGUGGUCCAAACUCAAUCUGCAACAACACUGUUGGGAGUCACAAUUGCUCGUGCAUGAGUGGAUAUAAUGUAACAGAUCCAAACCUCCCAAUAAACAGAAAUAACACAUGCACAGAUAUAAAUGAAUGUCUGUUCAGUCCAUCUGUAUGUGGUCCAAAUGCCAACUGCUCAAAUGAAAAGGGAAGUUACAAUUGCUCAUGUCUGGAUGGAUUCACUGCAACAAACUCAAGUCUCAUCAUCAGCAUCAGUAACACAUGUAGAGAUGUGAAUGAAUGUGUUGAGAUAUCAGGCAUCUGUGGUCCAAACUCAAUCUGCAACAACACUGUUGGGAGUCACAAUUGCUCGUGCAUGAGUGGAUAUAAUGUAACAGACCCAAACCUCCCUAUAAACAGCAACAACACAUGCAAAGAUAUAAAUGAAUGUCAGUUCAGUCCAUCUGUAUGUGGUCCAAAUGCUAACUGCACAAAUGAAAAGGGAAGUUACAAUUGCUCAUGUCUGGAUGGAUUCACUCCAACAAAUUUAAGUCUCCCCAUCAGCAUCAAAAACACAUGUAGAGAUGUGGAUGAAUGUUUUGAGAUACCAGACGUCUGUGGUCCAAACUCAAUCUGCAACAACACUGUUGGGAGUCACAAUUGCUCGUGCAUGAGUGGAUAUAAUGUAACAGAUCCAAACCUCCCAAUAAACAGCAAUAACACAUGCAAAGAUAUUAAUGAAUGUAUGUUCAGUCCAUCUGUAUGUGGUCCAAAUGCCAACUGCUCAAAUGAAAAGGGAAGUUAUAAUUGCUCAUGUCUGGAUGGAUUCACUGCAUCAAACUCAAGUCUCAUCAUCGGCAUCAAUAACACAUGUAGAGACGUGGAUGAAUGUUUUGAGAUAUCAAAUGUCUGUGGCUUAAACUCAAUCUGCAACAACACUGUUGGGAGUCACAAUUGCUCGUGCAAGAGUGGAUAUAACGUAACAGAUCCAAACCUCCCUAUAAACAGCAAUAACACAUGCACAGAUAUAAAUGAAUGUCAGUUUAGUUCAUCUGUAUGUGGUCCAAAUGCCAACUGCACAAAUGAAAAGGGAAGUUACAAUUGCUCAUGUUUGAAUGGAUUCACUGCGACGAACUCAAGUCUCACCAUCAGCAUCAAUAACACAUGCACAGAUAUAAAUGAAUGUCAGUUCAGUCCAUCUGUAUGUGGUCCAAAUGCCAACUGCACAAAUGAAAAGGGAAGUUACAAUUGCUCAUGUUUGAAUGGAUUCACUGCAACGAACUCAAGUCUCACCAUCAGCAUCAAUAACACAUGCACAGAUAUAAAUGAAUGUCAGUUUAGUUCAUCUGUAUGUGGUCCAAAUGCCAAUUGCACAAAUGAAAAGGGAAGUUACAAUUGCUCAUGUCUGGAUGGAUUCACUGCAACGAACCCAAGUCUCCCCAUCAGCAUCAAUAACACAUGCACAGAUAUAAAUGAAUGUCAGUUUAGUUCAUCUGUAUGUGGUCCAAAUGCCAACUGCACAAAUGAAAAGGGAAGUUACAAUUGCUCAUGUCUGGAUGGAUUCACUGCAACGAACCCAAGUCUCCCCAUCAGCAUCAAUAACACAUGCACAGAUAUAAAUGAAUGUCAGUUCAGUCCAUCUGUAUGUGGUCCAAAUGCCAACUGCACAAAUGAAAAGGGAAGUUACAAUUGCUCAUGUUUGAAUGGAUUCACUGCGACGAACUCAAGUCUCACCAUCAGCAUCAAUAACACAUGCACAGAUAUAAAUGAAUGUCAGUUCAGUCCAUCUGUAUGUGGUCCAAAUGCCAACUGCACAAAUGAAAAGGGAAGUUACAAUUGCUCAUGUCUGGAUGGAUUCACUGCAACGAACCCAAGUCUCCCCAUCAGCAUCAAUAACACAUGCACAGAUAUAAAUGAAUGUCAGUUUAGUUCAUCUGUAUGUGGUCCAAAUGCCAACUGCACAAAUGAAAAGGGAAGUUACAAUUGCUCAUGUCUGGAUGGAUUCACUGCAACGAACCCAAGUCUCACCAUCAGCAUAAAUAACACAUGCACAGUACCACCAAUAACUACUGUACCUACUCCUACAUCUACACUUACAACAACAACAACAACAACAACAACAGCAACACCAACACCUACUACAACAUCUACAACAACCACUACAACUGCAGCACCUAAUACAACAACUACAACAAACACUACAACUGCAACACCUACUACAACAUCUACAACAACCACUACAACUGCAGCACCUAAUACAACAUCUACAACCACUACAACUGCAGCACCUAAUACAACAACUACAACAAACACUACAACUGCAGCACCUACUACAACAUCUACAACAACCACUACUACUACUACAAUAGCUACAUCAACCAAUACAACUAUGAUUAUACCAACAACAAAAACAGUUACAGUCAUAACAGUACCACCAGCGGCAGUUGUAACAACACCUACACCAAAAUUUCUUCAAAUGUCAAUGAAAAUAGAUGACGUUUUUGACACCAGCCUCAACAACCCAGAUAAUGAGAAGUUCAAAUUCUAUGCCAGCAAAAUUGAGUCAGCAAUUGAAGAAAGUUACAAAAAUGUGCCUGCCUACAAAAAAGGUUCAGUAAAAGUCACUGGGUUCAGGCCUGGUAGCAUUAUAGCAGACUAUCGAUUUGAGUCAACAGCCAGCAGCCCCAACAGCCCUGGAUUUGCAGAAGCAAACACACAGGUCAUCAGCGCUCUCAAAGAUCAAGGAAUCACUGUAGCUCAGAAUGCAUUUGCUCAAAGUGAACCAAAGACCUUGUCCACUGCAAAAAGUUGGUAUCCAGAGCAAAAUAUGGUGCUGAAAUGCAUACGCCCAGAGUCUGUUGUGGGUACAAUGAGAUGGACAGUGAAUGACCAAGAUCCUACACUAAACAAAGUUAAAUACGUCAUUUCAGAUGACAGUAGCACUCUCACUGUGAACAACGUCAAUGAGCGUGACAAAGGUCGAUACGCAUGUAUCAUAGACAGGACAAUACCUUACAUUCAAUGGCAAGAUAUAGUUAUUGAAUCACUUCCCAAUAUCAUAGUGGGUGAAAAUGUAAGAACGUUUCAGUGUGUUGCCCAGACUGUUUCACUGAAAUGCUGCGAAGAAACAUACGGUGUGGUGUGGACCCAGACAACCUCUGAGGAUGAAGUGAUUUCAGAGGAUAAAUGCAUCACAUUAAGACAUAAAAUCAAAAGUGGAGAUUGUGGGAGUAAAACCUUUAGAUGUCAGCUCACGAACCCGGUGCUUCAAGGUUUCACCUACAGCAGUAAAAAUGUUAUUGUUAAUAAAGUCAACGAAGUGUUUAGCUGUAAAGAUGGAACACUUGGAGAUGGGAAAGAAGGUGAUACUUUAACAGGACCCUGUGAAAAAGGCAAGGAAGGCACCAUAAAAUAUAGAUGUAUCUCAGGUAAAUGGGAGACUGAUGAGUCACACUGUGUACUUCAAGUUAUCAAAGACCUUGAAAAGGAUGUUGCGGUCUUGGUGGUGCAGGACAUACCAGUAUUUGUGGCUCAGCUUAGUACUGCUACAGAGAAUAAUACACAAGCGAUAACACAGUCUUCUGCGAAUGUCCAAACCAUUAUUGAAAUUCUUGUAAAAGUUGCUGAUGUCUCACAAAACAUUAUCAUCAAUAAGCCGGUGAUGGAGAAUUUCCUUAAAACAGUGGAUAUCCUUGUUUCAGCAUCUACCAUUCAAACCUGGAUAAAUUUGAACAAUGACAGCAGGACAGAUAACGCCAGCACAGCACUUCUGAGUGCUAUUGAGAAUAUAAGUAGCCGUCUCACAAGUGACAAUUUUAGGAUUAAUGCAACAUCUAUUGAGUUGAAUAGAACUGUAACAGACAGCACCUUUUAUAGUGGAAUAUCGAGCCUGCCAAACUCAACUACUGAGAUUCAGAUACCAGAGAUUCCUGUAAACACUCCUAUAACCGUCAUAGUCUUCACAACUCUUGACAGUAUCCUACCUACUCGAGAUACUAGUAGUAACGGCAGUAUCAAAUCAGAUGUGCGCAUCAAUGGAGAUGUGGUUGUAGUAAAAGUUGACAACAAAACGAUUAACAACAUAUCUUUUGCAUUUGACAUUACUAAUCAGUCUUUGGGAAAUCCUCAGUGUGUGUUCUGGAGCUUUAAUCUCGACGCAUGGGAUUCCACUGGAUGUAAAGCAAAGCCCUAUAAAAGUAAAGGGAACGGAACUGGCAAGAUUACAUGUGAAUGCAACCACACAACCUCUUUUUCAAUCCUAAUGUCACCGUUUUCCGUUGAUCACAUAGCCUUAGCCUAUAUAACUUACAUUGGCGUAGCUAUUUCGAUGGCCAGCUUGAUUAUAUGCCUGAUUAUUGAGACCAUCGUAUGGAAGUCAACGACAAGAAAUGACACAUCCUACAUGCGACAUGUCUCCAUAGUCAACAUUGCUGUGUCUCUGCUGAUAGCAAACAUCUGUUUUAUCAUUGGAGCUGCAAUCGCAGAACAAGAGCAGCCAACCUCAGUGGGUCGCUGCAGUCCAGCAGUUUUCUUCAUGCACUUCUUUUACCUGUCUCUUUUCUUCUGGAUGUUAAUGUCAGCACUGUUGCUCUUUUACCGUACAGUCAUGGUCUUGUCUCAAAUGUCAAGGGCUAAAAUGAUGGCCAUUGCCUUCAUAGUUGGUUAUGGUGCACCUUUGCUCAUAGCGGUCAUCACUGUUGCAUCAACAGCUGGACCUGAAAAUUAUAUUUCUAAAAGAAACGCAUGCUGGCUGAACUGGUUAGAAUCUAAGGCCCUGCUGGCAUUUGUGAUUCCAGCUCUCACUAUUGUAGCCAUAAACCUUGUGGUUUUGAUCGUGGUUCUGUACAAGAUGUUGAGGAGAGGAGUUGGUGCCGCAACUCAACCAGAUGAGAAACAUGCCCUGGUGGUCAUUGCCAGAUGUGUGGCCAUUUUGACUCCUAUCUUUGGUCUAACAUGGGGAUUUGGAAUUGGAACCAUGGUGUCACAGGAAUUGGGCAUUCAUGUGGUGUUUGCACUCCUCAAUUCACUGCAGGGAUUCUUUAUUUUGGUGUUUGGAACGCUUUUAGACAGCAAGAUCCGUGAGGCUCUGGCAGGAAGACUGUCACUAAGGAACCUUACCAGCUCUAACCGAACCAGGAGUACUAGUGCAGGACCGUCAUCUUCAAGCGGACCAGGUUUCUUUCAAAGGAUGCGGAGAAGAAAUGUGUACAACGUAUCUGAAGCCAGCGCUUUCUCAGCAGCUACAUCUUCACACAACUCCAGUGGCUCAGAUACUUUUGUGAAUGCAUAAUCAGCUACUUCAUUAACUAUAAUCUACUUUAUUAAAUGUUAAACAGCCUUUUCCAAACAAGUUUUCUACAUUGCUAGUAUAUGUAAACUGCAUUAUCAGUUACUGAUUUCUGGGAAAAAGUGUUUCUGUGUUCUGAUAUAUUGAUAAAAAUGGCUUACAAUCUACAGAUCUAAUAUUUAAUUAAGGAUACAUUUUAAUAUAAUGACGCAGUUGGCAUGAUUGCAUACACUUUCAUUUACAACAGUAAAAUUAUGUAAGUAAUAUAGGUCUGGAAAAAUUGCAUUAUGUGUUUUCUGAAAAAAUGUUUUUCUUUGCCUUUUAUCAUACUGUUCUGUGGUGAUUAUUUAAAAAGUAAUAAUAAUAAUAGUAACAAUGAUAGUUUUACAGCUUCACCAAAAAUUAAAUGCCCUCUUUAUUUUACAUUUAUUUGAUAGUAGUACUCAUAUCCAACUACAGAGAGCGGAUCUCCCAUCCAGUGUUUUAAUGCAAAUAUACUUGACUUUACUUGUAUACGGCCAGAUCUUGAGUACACAAGCCCAUUGUGAGGUGGACUGCCUAAAGGUCUCUCUGAUGAGUUAGGAAGGGUAUAAAAAAGUUGUCAGAUAAUAGGUAUCCCAACUUCUCUCCAUUAAGCGAAAGGCGUGAUGAGGCCGCCUUACAAUUUAUCACACAGCUUCUUGUCUACAGCUCCAGAAUAUACUUAUUCGCUUUGUCAAAGUAGGGAAUAUGUUGUGCCCAAAAGAAAAACUAAAAGACAGGAACAUUCUUUUAUUCUCUGUGCUUAUAAAUUCUUUUAGAAAUGACCAAUUUGUGGUGUUUGAUUAUGUGUUGUUUUUGAUGCAUUUCAGGUUGUGCUGCUAAAAGAAAAAGUAAUUGAUCUCUUUUUUUGUGCUGCAAUAACCUGUAUUUUUAAACUUUAAAUAAAACUCUUCAAAAUUAAAA